AUGGAAAAUAACAGUUUAUUUAAAAACGAUUCAGAUGAGUCUGAAGAAAUAACUGAAGUUAUAAACUUUAGUGAAAACGAAAAAGGUUUUGUAUCAGAUUACAUGAUUAAUUCUGAUCAAUUAACAAAAGUUAGCAAGCUUAAAUUCAAGCUUGACGCAAAACAAGUUUUUAAUCAACCAAAAACUUUACAAAGUUUAGUUUCUAGAGCUUUUUCUAGAAAAAAUAAAAUAUUUUAUUGUUUUAACACUGAAGAACUUUCAGUUGACAUAAACAAUACGUCGGGUGAAGUUUAUUUGCCACUCUUAACAAAGGGUGAAAUAGCAAAAAAGCUUUUACAUAUUAAACCAGAGUUGAGAAAGUCUCUCAAUAUGGUACAUAUAGGAGCGGUUAAAAUCCUCCUAAAAGCACAGUUUAGAGAUGGAAUUAAUUUUCCUAUAAAAAUGGCCCUUGUUGAUAACAGAAUUAUCAAUAGGCAAGACGCUCUUCUUGGAGCAAUUCAAGGAAAUUUAGCUUAUGGUAAAUUUAUGUUUACUGUCUAUCCUAAAUUUGCUUUACAUCGAGAUUCAAAAGAUUUCGACAAAGCUUUAAGUUUUAUACAUCAGUGUGAAAGAACUGAUCUUAUGGAACCAGGUAAUAUAGUAUUUACGAUUAAUUAUUUAGUCUCAUAUGCUUUAACAAAUAGCACUCAUUCAAUUGAGUACAAAGAAAAAGAAAGCAUAGCAAUUGAGGAUAUAUUCUCAGAUAUUGGAAUUGUUGAAGGCAGUAAAUUCGCUGAGCCAUCACAAUUACAAGAAAACUGGGCAAUUGAUAUUGCACGAAAUAAACAAGUUUUAGUAUCAAAACCUAGACACAGUUAUGCUGGAAGCUCUUUACAAAUAAGAGAAUCAAGUAAUACUGAACAAUUAAUACGUUCUUUGUCCGAAAGAAUUGAUGGGUAUGGUAGAAUUUUAAAAGGAGUUAUUGGAGAAUAA